AUGGUGGGACACAGCUAUCCGGCGACCUAUCCUGACGUCGGUCAUGGAAAUGGGAGCUAUGGGCAAGCUCCAUACCAGCAAGGACAGCGGCCAGGCUUCCACUCACAGCAGCGACAACCUGUGUUGCUUCCCCCGGGCAAGAACGAUCUCGAAAUUCUGGAGAAUCUAAAGCAAAUUAUCAAGAACGGCCAACACCAAUUCUACCGUGCAGUUCCGCAACCUGAAUCACUGGCUAGGCUUUACUUGGGCAAAAUUCCGACCACUGAAGCAGAGUUAGCUGAGAGGCUUGCACCAAAGGGACCCGCGAAUCCUGAUGCAGCCAACGGGGCCCCGAAAAAUGACGCACCUGGCCCUGAUUCGACGUCCCCUGUUGACACCAGACGACCACCACGUCUGAAGAACAAGGAAAGCUGGGAGUCUAAUAACCGUAGAGCCUCGGUUUCGAACGGAAAUGAACUCGCUUCUCCUCAAAAUGGCGGUCCUUCCAACAACGUCCAAGCACCAGCAGGAGCGAAAGAUGCUCCUCAUCUGAAUGGCAAGACCUCUCCGACAAAGCCUACUAUCACCGUCCCCCAAGACCCCAAUGCGAUGGAUGUGUCUCCAGACUAUUCUCCCACAGGGAUUGAUAUCCCUACAGACAGUGCGGGAGGGCCUUCUUCCAAAGUUCCUGCGUCUCCUUCUAAACCCGAUAUGCUUCCCUCGACUUCAGAAAUCCCUUUGUCUGAGUCGACGAGCCGCUUACCUCCUCCGUCGUCUAAUCUUCCCGAUAAGCCAAACGUGGAUAGCAGAGAGGCUCCAGGUCAACACCCGAAUGGUUGGCAAGGUAGACAUGACCACGACCGUCCUCUAGCUCCGGGCUCUGGAUAUCAGCCGCCAUCUUCUCGCGGGGGUCCCGAUGCUCGCGGUCCUCUCGCAUCGGGGCCUUUCUCUCGUGAUGAUAAGCCUUACGACAGAGAUAACCGAGACCGAGAAUUCGCCAACAGGAAUCGCAGGGAUUGGGCUGAUCGCAGACCUUACGAUCGUUUCCCUCGUAAUAAUACUGACAUGAGACGGCCUCCUCCUGAAGAACGACACUACGAACCGCCUGCUGACAGAGUACCGCCUGCUGACAGAGUCCUGCCUCCUCGAAGAUACGAUCACUUUGUCAAAACCGAAGAAGUUCCCAUCUCCCUUUCUGACCUUGAGCCUCGACCUCAAGAUGUUCGACCUCCAGCCUCCUUUGAUAACCCCUACCCUGAUGAUCGACCGCCGGUUAAUCGCGACUUCAUUCCUUCCACUGACUCGUACGACGGCAGAGAUUUCAUCCCUCGCGGACCCUCUGGCAAAGAUGGUCGGCACAUUGUACCCCCCGGCGAUGAUCAUCCUCCGAGAGGACCUGGCCGAGCUGGUGGCGAUACUUCUGGUGCACCAGGACGGGGUCCGAACGAUGAUGCCGCUCAUGGUCCCCUUGCAUCUGACCGGGACUUCGUUCGGAACGAUGGAUCUCGCUCGCUGUUGAACCAGGACUCGCCCAGCAAGUCCCAACCGGACACCAAACCCCCAGGACCCGCGGCAGUCGACGACGGGAAUCGCGACGGUCGCGAUGUUCCCGUGGGCCCUGAUGCAGUCCCAGUUGCCGAGAAACCUCUUCAUCGAAAUGGUAGCAUUUCUGACGCUUCUCGACCAGCUAACUACGACCGCCAGUCUGAUAGAUUCGCCGGUUCUCCAACCGCCCCCAAAGGUUCUCAUCCCGCUCGGGAUGAUCGCUCCGCUCCUUCUUCAAGGGUUCCUCCUUCUCCGGGCCUUCCUAGGCCUCCCGUUCAACGAGAUUAUCGCGGACAUCAGGGGGAUGGACCACGGAGCUAUCGACCACCUCCCAAUAUAUAUCGCCCUACCUACGACUCCGACAGGCGGCCUGAUCGAAUGGAUGUUGACGAUUCUCGCUACGUAGACAGUCGCUCCUAUCGCCCGUACUCUCCCCCUCCGGACGUGCCUCGAGAUCGAGCGAGGCAACUGCCUCCAUCACCCAGUCGGCCUGUUGCGGAUCCUCAUUAUGACGACCGCAGAUACGGUAAUGCACCUCCAGCUGGCGCUGCGGGCCGCGACUGGUACGGUCAACAGACAUCGAACUAUCAGGCUCAGCGACGUUGGGAAGAGGAUACCUACUAUAAGGAUCGUGGACACUGGGAGGCGCCACUAGACCGGGAUCGCUAUGACCGAGAUGGGCUUGCUCAGCCUCCUGUACAAGCUUGGGACAGGCCUGGUGACCGAGACGCUCGGUAUCCCAGAGGUGGUCCCCCUGGCGCCCCACCGAUCGAUGAUAGAUAUGCCCCGCCAACUCGUCCACCACCCCCAGGUGGUCCUUCUCAGCCAUAUACUUCCCGUGUUCGAGCUAGGAGUCCCAGUCCCCUUCGACGAGGCAGCGGUCCCAUCAUCGAUGAUUCUCGUCCACCUCACAAACGUCCUCGCGACGACUACCCGGUUGCUCCGCCACCUUCUGACUACUAUGCACCUCGAGGGGAACCCAUGCGUCGCCAAACUGGGGAGUACAGCCCGACUGGACCGCCUCCGUCAUCGGGCGGAAGCAGCAGUUUCUAUCCUCCUCCCUCGACCGCCAGUACUGUUGGCGGUGAUCGUGAUUAUGGAAGGAGGGAUUCGGUGAUGGAGUAUAUGCCUCCACCGCCGCACUCGUCGUACAGUCGCCCGAGGUCACCGUCCAUCUCGCAGGGUGGCCGGGCACCAGCCCCGCCAUCUGCGCCUUAUGACAGAGGGCAGUAUGGUAGACCCAACCCUCGUGAUGGACGAGGGAGCUAUAUGCCUCCGCGUGCUUAG